AUCAAGGUCGAACGACUUUCAUGCCGUUGCCGUGGUUACCAUGGUGUCAAAAAACCAUGGUGUGUGUCCUACUCCCCCUUAGCUCCCUCCUCCUCCUCAUGCCGCUGUCGUCAACGGCAACAUCGCAGGUCUGCGGCGCCAACGGCGGCAACUACACGGCCAACAGCACCUACGAGUCAAACCUCGCCGCCCUCGCCACGACCCUCCCGGACAACACCUCUUCCUCCCCACAGCUCUUCGCCGCCGCCACCGCCGGCCAAGCCGGCCCCAACGCGGUGCACGCGCUCGCGCUCUGCCGCGGCGACUUCGCCAACGACACCGCCUGCAGAGACUGCGUCGCCGCCUCGUUCCAGGACGCGCAGCGGACGUGUCCGUACCACAAGACCGCCGCCGUCUACUACGACUACGACGACAACUCCCAGAAACCAGGCUGCCUCCUCGGCUUCUCCAGCGAAAAUGCCUUUCUCAGCCCAGCAGCCAGCAUCACUGGCAACGGCACGCUCUUCGAGUCCUGGACGAGCCAGCAGCAGCAGAACAUCUCCGGCGCCGACGCCUUCGCCGCUGACGUCCAGGAGCUUCUGAACGGGACGGCCCACGACGCGGCUGCGGCCACGAACAGGCGGUUCGCCACUGCGAUCAUGGACUCCGUCAGCGGCGGCGGCGGCAUCCGGAGGACGCUCUACUCCCUGGCGCAGUGCACCCCGGACCUGUCCGCCGGCGACUGCCUGGCGUGCCUCCAGCGGAUCGUCGGCAUGGUCGACGCCGCCAAGUCCGGAGGAGGGCGGGUCCUCCUGCUGCGCUGCAACAUCAGGUUCGAGGCGUUCAUGUUCUUCGACCAACCUAUGCGGCGGAUCAUUCCGUCGUCCAGGGCUCCUCCAGUCCCGGCUCCCACGGGCAACAGACAUGGAAUCCAACCUUGGGUAAUUGCCAUAUCUGUAGCUGCUUCUGUAGCACUAAUAGCUUCAUGCUUCAUCGUUUACUGUCGUCGGCUCAGAACAAGGCACAGAAAAGGUAAACUGAGAUUACCGGAAAUGCGGCACGCUCACGGGAUGCAAGGAGGAGAUGAACUAGUUUGGGAAAUGGAAGUAGAUUUCUCUGAUUUUUCUGUUUUUGACUAUCAUCAAAUAUUGGAGGCGACAGGUGACUUUUCCCAAGAAAAUAAACUUGGCGAAGGUGGAUUUGGCUCUGUCUAUAAGGGCCGCUUUCCUGAGGGAAUGGAGGUAGCAGUUAAGAGACUUGCUUCACAUUCAGGACAAGGUUUCAUGGAGUUCAAAAAUGAAGUUGAGCUCAUAGCGAAACUUCAACACAGGAAUUUGGUUAGGCUCUUGGGAUGUUGUUCCCAAGGAGAGGAGAAAAUACUGGUCUAUGAAUACUUGCCGAACAAAAGCUUGGACUUCUUCAUCUUUGAUGAAAAUAGAAAAACUUUAAUUGAUUGGAACAAAUGUCUUGCAAUAAUUGAAGGAAUAGCGGAAGGUCUCCUUUACCUACAUAAGCACUCUCGAUUGCGUGUCAUCCAUCCAGAUCUUAAACCAAGCAACAUUCUCUUGGACAGCGAAAUGAAUCCUAAAAUUUCAGAUUUUGGACUAGCAAAAAUAUUCAGCUCAAAUGACACUGAAGAAAACACUACGCGAAGAGUGGUUGGUACAUAUGGUUACAUGGCUCCCGAGUAUGCUUCUGAGGGCCUCUUCUCUAUCAAAUCAGAUGUAUUUAGCUUUGGUGUGUUGAUUCUCGAGAUCCUUAGCGGGAAAAGGAAUUCUGGUAGCCAUCAUUGUGGACCGUUCAUCAAUCUACUUGGAUAUGCUUGGCAGUUAUGGGAAGAGGGAAGAUGGAUCGAACUCGUUGAUGCGUCACUUCUUCCCAAGUUUCACUCAAUGGAAAUGAUGAGGUGCAGUAACAUAGCGCUGUUGUGUGUACAAGAGAAUGCAGUUGAUCGACCAACCAUGAUGGAAGUCGUCGCAAUGCUAAGUAGCAAGACUAUGAUCCUACGUAAGCCUAAGCACCCAGCAUAUUUCAAUUUAUUAAGGGUAGGAAAUGAAGAGGCAUCCAUUGCUACUCAGUCAUACAGUGUUAAUGAUGUGACCAUGUCUAUCGCAACAGCUAGAUAGCUUUUCUUUGUGUCAUGAGGUUCUUACUAAGUCGCUGUAAAAAAAGAGCUCUUUUAUGAUACCCAUAAAAUUAGUAUAAGCCGUUUAUUUCUUUUUAUGGUACCCAUAAAUUAA